CGAGGCAGCAGUCACCGGGUCGGCUCGAGGCACGAGCGGGUCUGUGAGGAGCGGCAGCGGCGUCGCCUCCACCUCUGCCUUCGCCUUUGCACCCACCUCUGCUUCCACCUCACCUCAUUCCCCAUGGCGCUGACGCGAAGGGCCGCUGUCGCUAGAGAGGUGGAGAAUGCUGUUACUGACCAUAAAAGUAAAGCCAAACCUCAGCUUCCUGGCAAAAGGGCUGCUUUGGAAGAAAUAGGAAAUAAAGUUAGAACAAGAGGAGCGUGUAUAGCUAAGAAAACAGAAUGUUCCAAAGCAUUUAUAAAACCUACGAAAGGACCUAGUAAGGUGACAAGUGCAAAAAUACCAUCUAAACCCCCAGGUGUUGUGAAGCAAACAUCAAAAGAAACUGUUGCUCCAAAGGUUGUGUCUCCUGUGCCUAUGGAUGUAUCUAUGCACGAGGAGGAUUUAUGCCAAGCCUUCUCUGAUGUGUUGCUCAGCAAUGUAGAAGACAUCGAUGCUGAGGACUGGGAGAAUCCUCAGCUGUGCAGUGACUACGUGAAAGAUAUCUACCUGUACCUGAGAGAGCUGGAGCUGCAGCAAUCAGUCCACCCCGGUUACCUUGAUGGGAAGACGAUCAAUGGGCGUAUGCGUGCAAUUUUAGUUGACUGGCUUGUUCAGGUCCACUCCAGAUUCCAGCUUUUGCAGGAAACAUUGUACAUGUGCGUUGCAAUUAUGGAUCGCUUCUUACAAGGUCAUCCAGUAGCUCGUAAGAGGCUCCAGCUGGUGGGCGUAACAGCGCUGCUCUUAGCCUCAAAAUAUGAAGAGAUGUAUGCUCCUGAUGUAGCAGACAUUGUUUACAUUACUGACAAUGCCUACACCAGUGCUGAAGUUAGAGAGAUGGAGAUUACAAUUCUUCAAGAGUUAAAGUUUGACUUGGGACGGCCUCUUCCGAUUCACUUCUUAAGAAGAGCAUCAAAAGCUGGGGAGGCUGAUGCUAAGCAACAUACACUGGCAAAAUACCUAAUGGAGCUGACACUGAUAGACUAUGACAUGGUUCACCAACGUCCUUCAGAGAUCGCAGCUGCUGCAUUGUGCUUAUCCCAGAAGGUUCUGGGGCACAGCAAAUGGGGUCCCAAGCAGCAAUACUACACUGGCUAUGCAGAAGACAACCUUGUGAUGACUAUGAAACAUAUGGCGAAGAAUGUGGUCAAAGUAAAUGAGAAGUUAACAAAAUACGCUGCUAUAAAGAACAAGUAUGCAAGUAGCAAACUACUGGCCAUCAGCACAAUCCCUCAACUGAACAGCGCGAUAAUCAAGGACCUGGCUUCAUCACUCUUGUGAUAACCCUGGGCAGCCAAGUCCUGGUGGUACAUGCACUUUGUCCUUACCUGCCUGUUGGCAAAACUGCUCCUCUCUGUACAUAGUGUUCCAGCCUCACCACAGAUGUUUUAAGACUCGCUCGGAAGGUGAAAUUUUAAACUUGCAUUGUAAUACUCUCUAGUUAGAAAUAAAGCUACUC